AUGAGCUUCGAACCCGAGCCCUCCUUUGUCAUCGAACUCCUAAACUAUGCCGAUGACAAAUUUUCUGAACCAAGGCGUGGCUUCUACCCAACCCCACUACAUAUUCAGGUAUGGUUCAAGCACCCCUCGAUACCAUCUCUUGACCAUACUUAUGAGGUUGUGGCUGGUCCUGGAGCCAAUAUCAGUGAUUGGACUCACAGACAAGUGAUACCAUUGGAUAUUCAGAGAGAUAAGGAAUAG